AUGGCUGAAGUUAUUGACGAAAGUAUACGGAACAUGACGAGUAAUAUGGUGACUAAGGCCGAUCAAGACAAGCAUCAGUACACGCAGCAAGUCGAUUUUGCUCAGCUCAAGUCCGAGUUGCAGCUCAUGGAGAAGAAUGAGCUCGCGAUGAUUAAGGCAGAGAAUGAUCGACUUGUCACGGAUAUUGAGAAGUUGAAGCAGCGUCUGCGAGAGGAAAUUACGCGCACGCAUGCGGGUGUGCGCCUCGACCUUAACCUCGAGAAGGGACGGCUGCGAGAGGAGAGCAGUAAGCAGGAGCUCAAGAUCAAGGAGAUAGACACUCGGAUCGAGCAGGAGAUCGCUGCUCUUCGAACAUCUAUACAAGCAUCGAAGGCCACUACGCUGCAAUAUCUAGUUGGAUUCGUUACCGGAUGUUCCGCACUUUUGAUGGCAUAUUUGCGAUUUCGUGUCUAG